GCCUGGCGCACAUCCCUCACCUGCCUCCGCGCCUCUCCUCCGACUCUGUGCUGCACACAUCCUAUCUGAGAGGGAGAGGCGAAGGAGGAAGAGAAUCAACAGAAGGGACUUCUGAGUCAAGCUGAGGCAACUUGUACGCUAACUUUAUUCCUAUUUCGAAACACUUGUUUCCUGUCGAUUGUUUCAUUUCCCACAGACUAAUGGUAUUGUUUCGCCAAAGUGUAUUAUGAAGCUUGUAGGAGCUGAAAUAAAGGUGCGCCUGAAGGCAACUUUUUUACCGUUGUUUUUACAUGGAUUUUUCUUGGCACCUUAAUUUUAAAAAACACCUAAAACUAUCAUUUUAAAGUUAUAGCCUGUAGCGCAGCGUCACUGGAGGCGUUUGGCUAAGGGACGUCAAUUCAGUGCCAAGUUGCUGAACAGGGGAAAGAAGUUCUCCGCAUGAAGCGUUGGAUUUAUGUGAACUCAAACAAGAAGUCGUCACUAAGAAUAUAAUCUGGAUACCGUGAUGUGUAUUUGAAAGUUUCCCCGAUCCGAAUUGAUUUCGUUCGGACAAGGGGAGACAUUAAUGGAUGGAUUUUUUAUGUGGGACCCGCUAGGAUGGACGUGGUAGAUGAAACAGAAGCGUUACAGAGAUUUUUUGAAGGUCAUGAUAUUAUCAGCUCUCUGGAGCCAGCCAACAUCGACACCAGUAUCCUGGAAGAGUACAUCAGCAAGGAGGACGAUAGCACUGACAUCUGUUUCUCAGAGGUCCACAGCACCCCAGGACCAAAUUACUCAUCUCCCCAGGCAGGAGUAUCCUCCUCUGGGGGUUUGGUGUGUGGUGUGAGCCCCCCUAUUCCACUCCGCCAAGGAGCCCCUCCGGCUGGGCCUCCUAACUGUCAGAACGCCUAUCCCCCAGGUCCAUCCCUGGGCCUCCGACACAACUACCUCUGCCCGGGACAGCAGCAGCAGCAGCAGCAGCAGCAGCAGCAACAGCAGCAACAGCAACAGCAGCAGCAGCAGCAGCAGCAGCAGCAGCAGCAGCAGCAGCAGCAGCAGCAACAGCAGGCUCACGUCAAGCCUGAGCACAGGGGCCACUACGCUCCAGGGACACUACCUGAGUCCCCCCCAGACUCCAGCUCAGAGCCGUACUCUCCUCAGCAGGUGAAUGAUCCUCACAUGAUCAGGACCAUGACACCAGAAAACAUGUGUCACAUGACUCCAACGCCACCCCUUCCACCGCACGGGCACUAUCCCAGCAUGCAUCGGGACAUGUACCUGAAGCCUGAGUCCAUGAUAUCACAGUAUCCCAUCGGUGCAGCCACAAGCGGAAGUGGAGACAUGCAGCAGACUCAGAUAAUCCAUCAGCUUCUGCAGCAUCCUCAGGGGCAGGACGGCAGCCCUUCUCACCAGGCCAAGAAGAGGAAGCACUCUGACUCUCCCAACAGCACCAUCAAUGCCCAAAUCCUCACAGGUAUCAUCAAACAAGAACCAGGUUUAAUGCAGGAUGUAGACAACUCCUACCUGGACCCGAACUAUCAGUGCAUUAAAUGGCAGCCUCACCAGCAGAACAAGUGGACACCACUGUAUGACGUAAACUGCAAAGAGCUUCCGAUGCCAACCUACCGUGUUGAUGCUGAUAAGGGCUUCAACUUCUCCUUGGCUGAUGAUGCUUUUGUUUGCCAGAAGAAGAAUCAUUUCCAAGUCACAGUAUACGUAGGCAUGCUGGGAGAUCCCAAGUACAUCAAGACAAGUGACGGCCUGCAGCCCAUCGACUGCUUCUAUCUCAAACUCAACGGAGUAAAGGUGGAGGCCGUGAAUCAGUCUAUAAGUGUGGAGCAGUCGCAGUCCGACCGCAGCAAAAGACCCUUUAAGCCAGUGAUUGAUUUUGUUUCCCCCAGGGUCACCCUGCCCUCAGAGCAGGUCACAAAGGUCACAGUGGGGCGGCUUCACUUCAGCGAGACCACAGCAAAUAACAUGAGGAAGAAGGGCAAACCAAACCCUGACCAGAGGUAUUUCAUGCUGGUAGUGGCGCUGCAUGCUCAGUCCCACAGUCAGAGCUACACUGUGUCUGCCCAAGCAUCUGAGAGGAUCAUCGUCAGGGUAACGUCUGGCCAUGCAUCCAACCCUGGCCAGUUUGAAAGUGACAACGAGGUGCUGUGGCAGCGUGGCCAACUGCCAGACUCGGUCUACCACCACGGGAGAGUCGGCAUCAACACCGACCGUCCGGACGAGGCCCUUGUUAUUCACGGCAACCUAAAGGUCAUGGGCUCGCUGGUACAUCCGUCUGACAUCAGGGCCAAAGAAAAUGUCCAGGAGGUCAACACCACAGACAAUUUGAAAAGGAUUUCUCAGAUGAGGCUGGUCCAUUAUCAAUUCAAGCCUGAGUUUGCUGCCUCCGUGGGCAUAGAGAACACUGCAGAUACUGGAGUGAUCGCUCAAGACGUUCAGAAAAUCUUGCCUGAAGCAGUGAAGGAGGGGGGUGAUGUGGUGUGCGCCAAUGGAGAAACUAUCCCCAAGCUGUUAGUGGUCAACAAGGAUCGUAUCUUCAUGGAGAACGUGGGAGCGGUGAAGGAGCUGUGUAAGCUGACAGACAACCUGGAGACUCGUAUAGACGAACUGGAGCGCUGGAGCCGCAAACUGGCCAAGCUGCGUCGUCUUGACAGCAUGAAGAGCACCGUGAGUGGAGGCACUGUCAGCCAAUCAGGGAGUUAUUUCAGCAGAACAGGAAGUGGCGCACUCAGGAAGAAGACAGUCAAACCUGGGAGCAAGAAUUCAACUCAGGAUCAAGGCUGCAUCAGCCAGAGGUUCAUGCAGGGAACCAUCCUGGCUCUGGUCAUUGUUAUGGCCUUCAGUGUCAUUUCCAUGUCCGUCCUUUAUGUGUUGACUCUUCACCAUAGAGGAGACGCCACAGAGAAAGAUGGCUAUGUUCCUUCCUGUGCUCUCUACAUCUCUUGGAUGCCCCUCUUCACUGCCACUGUAACUAUCUGUCCACCUGUCUGCCCAUGGUCCAGAUCUGCACUGGGAUCCUCACGCAAGAGUCCAUAUAUUCCGAUUUCCACCACCCCUGCACCACCUUGCUGUUCAACUUCAGCCACAAGCAACCAAUCAGCUACAGUUUUGACAUUGAGUAACAACCAAUCCACAGCAGACUUAGGCAGCCCGGCGGUUUCCACACCAGGCACCACUAUAAAGAAGGCCAAGUCCAGACAAAUGGACAAGGACAGCCGCAAUAGAAACCGUCUGAGUCACACCUCAGCACCUUUGUUUAUUGCCAAGUCCAAAAGGCCGACACCUGCAGACCUGGGCGGAACGAGAGCUACCAACCGUCUGCCCCCGGCUCAGCCGCCACUGCCACGCAGACAACGCAGCCUACACACAAAGGGAGGAAGGUCAGCUCCCUCUCUGACUAGUCUACAUAUCGUGGAGACAAACCAAGAGAUCACAGUACAAAGUUGUACAACACCUGAAAGUUGCAGCUACACAGUAUCACUCCAUGGAAACAGAAAUUCCUCCAUCUCACAAAUCACUUUGCACAUGACGUCCACAAACAGCGUGUGGAUACGACAAUGUGGAGCCACCAAAGGACGUUUAUGCCCCAACCACACAGAGACAGAGCUCUAUGGUGGACAGAGUACAUCGACAAAGGGGACUCAUCACCUGUGGUCAGUGCCCGUGCUUUCCUUCCAGGACAUCACCUAUCACUUCCGUAUCUCCCUGUCUAGUGAAGUGAGCUGUGCCACUGAAGGAGAAACCUCAUCAUACUCUGACUACCAUUUCCUCAUUCAGAGCCGCUGUGUGUGAAAAGGACGACGAUGUGUCCCAGUGCCUUUACAAUACACCACAUGUUCCCAUUGUGGUUCCAUUUGUACGCUGUUAUGAACGGAUGGGUUUUGUCUUAUUAUUGUACAUUAUUUUUAAAGAUAUUCAUACAGAACAAACUAUUUACCACUGUCCCCAUUGUAACCCCCUCCAUAUGUAUAUGCAUUAAGACAUCUCUUUUUGCUGUGAUCACUGGAGUUUUCUGUCACUGAAAAUGUUUUAGAUCACUGUAAUUGACACCUGUGUUGUGUCACUGUUAACUGAGUCCAUACGUUUAUAGCUCAUUGUAUUAAUGACCAUCAAGUCCAUACUUAAUACAAGCCAUAAUUACUUCUUUACUUAAGUCCAUGAUAAGUUACUGUAAUGACACUGCACACAUUUAUGUUUCAUUUUGUAUGUACACUGAAACCAGUGUCAACUAAAAACAAAAUCACUUUUCAAUAGUUUGAUACACUGACGAGAAGAUCAUUGGCUUCUGCCGAGGGCCUCAGUGAAUGGUUGCAGCUCGCACUGAAAAUAUACCUCAGUAGUGCACACUGGCAAAUCCUGGGUCUUUACAGUGGAGCAUUGUGUUUGAGGCUGCUGCAGUCAACUAGACUGUCUGCUGUCUCCCCAUCCAGCAUCUGACUAAACACUGCACAGAGAGGGAAAUACUGUGCCAUAUGUCUUUCUCAUACGUGACAUUGAAUGAAACAUCACAUUGUUGCAUUUAAGGGGAAAUAUUAUGAAAAACUCACAUUUUUAGUGCUUGUGCACAUACAUGUGGGUAUCUGGAGUAAAUACCAACCCACAAACUGUGAAAUAAGAAAACCCGGUCAGUUUAUUUUGUCGGCUGCCUCGGUCAGAAAACGUCGGAUUCAUCAAGCCAUUGGCUCCUCUUCCUAUGUCGCAUGCAGCCUCAUUAGAAUAUACCGCCCCCCCCCCCCCCAUUUGAGUAUCUUCAUCAACAGCUUAAGAACUAGCUUUAGAAAGGUCCACCAUAUUUUACUCGCAAGCCAAUGUGAGCGGUCUGGGCAUUUUCGGGAGGGGAGUGUAAAGAGACAGGCGCUGAAACAAAGCGUUUCAGACAGAUGGUGAAAACAGGUGCAUUCAGUCUGACAGUAUGUGAAAGAUAAUGUGUUUUCUGAACAUUAAAGCAUGUAAACAUGUUCUAGAAGAAACCUAAAAUACAAGUAUGAACCUGAAAAUGAGCAUAAUAUGUCCCCUUUAAAUGUUUAUGCAUAUCAUUACACAGAAAUCCUUAUCAUCGUUCCUAAAAUGAAGGUAUAUAAGUCAUACUAAUUUCAGUAGAUCCACUGGAAGACAUGCGAUAAGACUGGGUGAGUAAACAAAUCACUGGAUAUGAAUAUGUAGAAACACUGACAUCUCUUAACAUCUGAUAGUGUCCAACACUGACAAUAUAUUUCAAGAAACACUGGAAUAGCUUACACUGUAUUUUGUUACUGGACAAAAUGCUGGCAAGGCAAUAAAUGGCAUAUAUCAUUUCAGGUGCAUGCCCAAUCAUUUCUCUAAAAUGAUACAUCUCAGCUCAGAGGCAAGUCAAACGCUGCUUCAGCUAUAGAAAUUCCAUUUUAAUGGCUCAAACAUAAAGCUGAGCAAAGAGUUGCAUUUAUUUACACACUCCGCAGAGAUCAAAUUGAAUAUUAUACACUGGACUAUUGCGUGUAUUUCUCUGUUGUUCAUGUUGUUGUUGUUGUUUUGAAUACUUUUCCUGUGCCUAUACAAUUAAGAGUAUGCAGUGAUAACACUUUGAGUAUAACUGAAUUGUAUGAUGUUUUCUUUUCUAUUAUCCUUUCUUGUUUUAAAGCCAUUCUCCACUCCACUGUGCUCAUGUUGCUUUUGUCAAAAUGUGUUUUUAAUCCAUAUUCCAUAUGUGUCUGUACUCAGAAAGAAAAAAAACACAAUAGUUUAUCUUAAAUGUAAAAUCAAUAUAAAAUAGGAAAAACAGCCAUCAGACAAAAAACGUUUAUGGAAUUGAUCAUAAUAUUAAGACACUGUACAAUGCUUUCAGUAUAGUGGGUUUCAGUGGGUAUAGUGUACUAUUUUAGCUUAUUUAUAAUGCACCAGCUAGCAUAAUGAAACCACUGUAGCACUUUUUGCACUGUAUAUAUAUGAACUGCUUUUGCUCUAUUCAGUGCACCAGACUGUUUUCACAUACUCUGGUAGAACUGCAUUACAUGUUACUGUAUAGCUUCAUUUUGUUACUACCAAUGCUCCUUUUUAUCUGAUCAUUUUUACCAUAUUGUUUUUAUAAUUGAUAUUUUUUGUGGGUUGUUGUAUUAUCAAUAAUAUAUUAACUUUUAGCUAAUGGAGCCCAAAAAUGAUUGACAAGCAUGUAAAACACACACACACACACACACACACACACACACACACACACACACACACACACACACACACACACACACAGACACACACACACACACACACACACACACACACACACACACACACACACACGCCAAUACAUUUCUAAUUGAAGCACUAUUUGUUAAGAGAAAUGCCAUAACACUAAAAUUCUUUGAGUACUUUAAUAUCACUACUUUAUCUUUUUAGCCCAUUUUAUCAUUACAUUUUCAAAGCCUUUUGUUUAAAAAAAAAUGCUGUAAUACUAUGUAAAUGCAUGUAGUAAAUAAAUUUGUGAUUGUGAAUUUUC